UAUACGUGUCGUCGGUUACAGGUAUUUUCCCCAUGUUUCCACAGAGGUUAUGAGCGGGACCGGAUUACGAUUCUGAACCCACGGCGGCAGCAGUUGUUUCCAAUGGCGACUGUCUUUACUUAGGAAGUACUUAUUCUCACUCGUGAAACUCGUGCGAUUAACGUGCAUCCGUGUUCUGUCUGUGUGCCCGUGUCGCGUACUCCGUUGAAGAUGAUUAUCGAAAAUCCGGAGCAAUUCAAGGCGUGGCUGACUGCCGUCCUGGAACCGCUAUGCGAUGCAGAUCCUGCUGCCCUGGCUAAAUAUGUCUAUGCAUUGGUUAAGAAAGACAAGACUUUGGAAGAAUUACGUGUUGGCAUGGUCGAGCAAUUGGAUGUAUUCUUGCAACAAGAAACCAAAAGCUUCGUGGAAUUGCUGUUUAAAACGUUGGAAACUCAAGAGUACAUACUCCCACCACCUAAAAGUAACCCAGACGGUGGUGGGACGCCGCCCGGUAUAAAUCCACCAGCACCAGUAGUACCAUCAGCGACGGAAAAAUUAAUAGAUACAACAAUUUCGCUAGUACCUAUGAUUACAAAUCCUCCUCCUCCACUUCAAAUCAAUGGAUCUGCGCCAGCUGUGGUUAGUAAACGCGAGACUAGAAAAUCUGAUUCGGACAAGGACAAAGAGAAAGAAAAACGUUCUCGAAGCAGGAGUGGUCGAAUGAGAUCAAGGACACGAUCGCGAUCACGGUCCUGGGAAAGAGAUAGGCGUAGAUCCAGGAGUAGAGAACACCUUCGGCGCGACAGAGAAAGAGACAGAAGUCGGCCAUGGAGAAAUGAAUCUCCGCCUAUUAGUACUAGGCGACAUGAUCGCAGGCGUUCUAGAAGCCGUAGUACAUCACCAAUACGAUCUAGGAUACGUGAUGGUCCAGACAAUCGCGACCAUCGAGCAAGGUUCAGGAAUCGAUCCCCGACUCCGCUGCGAUCUCGAUCGCGUUCAAGAUCAAUUGAGCGUAAAAAGAUUGAUCGUUUCGAGAGAAUGGAGAUGGAUAGAACGGACCGAAUCGAAGGAAGUCCUGGUGGUGGCACACCGACUCAAGAUAGUAAUCAUGGGGAUGUGGACAUGAGGCUGUCUACGACUAGUCAAUCAAUACAAAGCGUUGUCGCUGUUGCGAGUAGUAUUCCAAAUAAUCAGACGAGCUCUUUUCCACAACAAGCGAAGAGACGCUGCAGAGAUUUCGACGAAAAGGGAUAUUGCAUGAGGGGAGAUCUUUGCCCUUAUGAUCACGGUACGGAUCCGGUUGUGUUAGAGGAUGUGGCUCUGAGUCGAGUUCUGAGCUUUGGACCGCAUAGCGCCCAGGCUCCGGGAACAGUUCCAGUGGCCACAGUGCCGGAACCACCGCAGGGUCCUAAUGGCAAUCCGCCACCGCCACACCUCCCUCUUGCCAGUUUACCACCACCACAUUUAAGAAACCACCAUUCUAAUAUGGAUGCUUUUGCAGAAUAUAAUCCGGAUGCACCCAGCAUGGAGCCGCGUAUGGCGUGGGGAAGGCACCCGCAACCCGCGCCAGGAAUCUACGGCAGGGGGCAGAGAGAAUUAAUCAGUGUGCCAGUUAUCCCACACACAAACUCUUCGGAAAUAACCCACACCCAAAGCAAUCCGCUGAAGCGUAAACAAGCGUUUGACUUCAACCGUUUGGGACCGAAACAAAGAGUGGUACAUAACCCGGCCAAUUGCUCACUCGAACUGAAAAAGGUCCCGCGGAGCUUAAACAAUAUAACUCAGUUGAAUAAUCAUUUUUCGAAGUUCGGUAAAAUUGUAAAUAUUCAAGUUACUUUCGGCGGUGAUCCUGAGGCGGCGUUGGUCACCUUCCAGCUACCAGCUGAAGCAAAGGCUGCUUACAGAAGCACGGAGGCUGUGUUGAAUAAUAGAUUUAUUAAAGUAUUUUGGCACAAUAAUGUCAAUACUAACGCGGCUGGCGGAGCUAUUGAAAAUGUACCGCCAGGAUGCCGUCCUUCUGUGAAAGAAAGACUAGGCGCCGCUGUAACACUACCGGCUAAGGUUGAGGAUAACGAAUACGUUCCUACACGUCGUUCAACCGAGGAGCAAGUGUCGCAAACCUCAGUUCCGACUUCACCGAAAGCUGCCGUCGUUCCUACUCGAGAAGACAAAGUUCUCGCGAUAAAGAAGACACAGGAGAUACUAGCGGCUAAGGAAACGCUGAAGAAGAAACAGGAGGAGAAGCGCAAGGAGGCGAUAAAGCUGACCGCGGAUUUGCGCAAGAGGAAACAGGAACUACUGGACAAGCAUCUGAUCGAAUUGCGCGUCUUAAUCGACAAGGCCGAGAAGAAUCCGGAGCAGAAGGACUCGAUCAUGCAAACGAUAAAGGCAAUGCAGCAGUCGAUCGACAAUUUGCGCAAGGAUUUGGCCGCGAACGGUCAGAUCGGCGGUAACAAGUCACAGGUAAAAUCUAGAGAGCAAACGCAGAAGGAGAUAUUGGACGCCGAGUUAGAUUUAAUGACCGCGCAGCAGGAGGGCCAGGACGCUGGCGAACUGCAGAAGAGAUUGAACGAGCUCCGUGCCCAAGCGGCCGCGCUGGGUUUGAACACGAAUUCCGGCGUCGGUAGAGGCACGAGAACCAAUCGAGCCGCGCGCGCCACCCACGCGUUAUCGUACAGGGGCCGUGGUAGAGGAAGCUUCGCUCAUGUCUCCGUGGAUCAUCGGCCAACGAGUCUUCUAGUCUCUGGUUACGAAACCGAGGAGAAAACAGAGGUCCUAGCACAUUUCCAACAAUUUGGUGAAAUAAUAAAUCAAAUAGUAGACGACGCAACUCCUUCGAUCGUGAUAAAUUUCAAAUCAAGAAAAGAAGCUGAGGUUGCUCUGGUGAAAGGACGCACAUUUCAAGACAGACUGUUGUCAAUAACUUGGGUGUCCGGUCAUCAUUUGCAUCGCGGAGGUGCCGGUAGUAACUCAAGUGCAGCUGUACAACUGUCAUCACGUUCUGAACAGGCUGCACCUGCGACAGACGAGGAUAUCGACUUGGAAGGUGCGGCAGAGGCGUUGUUUUUAGAGGAGAACGAGGAGGAGGAAGAUGAGGAUGGUGAACCGCGCAGCUGGCGGCGAUAGCAGCGUCAGUGUCAGCGUCAGCGUCUCUUGUGACAGGAGCUUGGUGUCAAACGUAACGACAGCGUUAUUAUUCGGGCCGAUCGUAAACGACCCGGCACUUACGCCUACAUUGCUGCACCGCCGUUUGAUGCAUCCAUUGCCAUGAUGAUUUUCACGAAGGAAUACGUCGUGCUCAUCAGCAUUAUCAUGAGUGUUACACUAUUUGUUAAUAUUAUUGAAUAUACUACUCACCGGCGAUGGUAUAAUGUACCAUAUUGAAUGGCGCGAUUAGACAGAAAGAAAAAAAAAAACAAACCAUGCAAAUUUCCAACAAAAAA